CGCGCCGCCGGCGGGGCGGGCGGGGCGGCAGCCGAGGGAGGACCGCGGCAGGGCGGGCGGGCGGACGGGGCACCGGCGGAGCGAGGUUACCGCAGGCGAGCCGCAGCCAGCCGGGCUGCGGAGCGCCGCCGCCCCCGGCUCCCGCCCCGGCGGCUGCGAGCAGGGAGAGGCAGGGGCAGGCAGGCAGCGGCCUCCGGCGUCCCCCCGCUGCGGCCGCGGCUCUGCCCGGGCUGGCGGCUCCGUGCCUGGCUUCUCCGCCGCCGCAGCCGCGGCGCGCCGGGGCCCUGCAGAUGGCCAGUCCUGGGCUGGAGCUGGGAGAGGUUCAGCCUCCUGCCGAGCCCCCCCAGCCUGAGUUGGCCUUCACCGAGGCGCAGAAAUGGAUCGAGCAAGUGACGGGCAGAAGUUUUGGUGAGAAAGAUUUUCGUUCUGGGUUAGAAAACGGCAUUCUUCUGUGUGAGUUGCUGAAUGCGAUAAAGCCAGGAUUGGUAAAAAAGAUCAAUAGACUACCAACCCCCAUUGCAGGUUUGGAUAAUAUCAUAUUAUUCUUAAGAGGCUGCAAAGAACUGGGACUUAAAGAAUCUCAGCUUUUUGAUCCUGGUGAUCUGCAGGACACAUCAAACAGAGCAACCAUCAAGAACAUUGACUAUAGUAGGAAGCUGAAAAAUGUAUUAGUCACCAUUUAUUGGCUAGGGAAAGCAGCAAACAGCUGCACAUCAUAUAGUGGAUCAACCCUGAACCUGAAGGAGUUUGAAGGCUUCCUGGCACAAAUGAGAAAGGAAACGGAGGAUAUUGAGAGCCCCAAGCGCAGCAUUCGUGACAGCGGCUAUAUAGACUGCUGGGACUCUGAACGCAGUGACUCCCUCUCCCCGCCUCGCCACGGCAGAGAUGAUUCCUUUGACAGUCUGGACUCCUUUGGCUCCCGCUCGCAGCAGACACCGUCUCCAGAUGUAGUGCUCAGAGGGAGUAGUGAUGGGAGAGGAAGUGACUCGGAAACUGACCUGCCACACAGAAAGAUGCCAGAUGUGAAAAAAGAUGAUAUGUUGGCAAGGCGGACCUCACAUGGUGAACCUAAAUCAGCUGUGCCUUUUAACCAGUACCUCCCAAACAAGAGCAAUCAGACUUUCUAUGUACCUGCUCCUCUUCGGAAGAAGAAGGCUGAGCGAGAGGAGUACCGGAAGAGCUGGAGCACAGCGACGUCGCCGCUGGGAGACAGACCUUUCAGCAAAUCCCACCCUGAAACCAUAGAAGAAGAACUGAAUGAAACACCGGGACUGUGUGAAAAGGAGAAAGUGGGCUCCAUGGCUCCUGAAGCAAGCUCCCUUAAAAGUCAAUUAGGUGUGAAUCAAAGUGAAGAAAACUCCACAGACCAGUCUCCUUCAUAUAGUGCAAAAGAAACAUCAGCACCCAAGGGGAAAGAUGUGGAAGAGAUCAGAAAGUUAAGAAGACUUGAACAAGCUGGUAUUAAGGUCAUGUCAGCAGCCCAGCGCUAUGGCAGUAAAAAGCCAAUAUGUGAAGACAGUGGAAGCACCCCAGACAUCAUCCUUCGCAAGGACAACCCCUUCAUGACACAUUACCAAGGAAAGGAUUCUGGUUCAGAAGAUGAAGCAGCCAGCAGAAUUCCUGAUUUAGAAAAGGAUGACUUUGCUACCCGGAGAGCCAGAAUGAAUCAACCCAAGCACACAGUUCCAUUUAACUCCUUUUUAGUUGGACCCUAUACAAGUAAAGACAAAGGUAAACCAGAAGAUGUUAAAAAGCCAUUGCAGAUGGAAAAAAAGGAACAUGCAAGAAGAAGACGGGUGCACAUGACAUCAGUAAGGCAAACAGUUACAAGCAAAGAGAGCCCACUUCUGCAAAAUGAGAAGACUGAGUCAGAGGAGGAACAGCAGGUGAAGGAGCUUGAUAAUGAGAGAGAUGAUUUGGCAAAACGGAAAUCUCAAAGCAUCCUUCCUCAGCUACAAGAAGAUGUGCUUUUUGUCAAUGCCUCUAUAACAAAAGCAGAUCUGGAGACCUGGAAAAGAUUGAAACUGUCAGGGGAGCCCAGUGAAGAAGAUUUCAGAUGUUCCAACAACACUCUGCCUCCAAGUGAUACCACGGUGAAAGUGGUAGCCCAUGAUGAUUUUGCUGUCCGCAAAACCAGAGCAAACAGAAAGGCUGGUAGCCCCAAGCAGAAGUUUGUGCAUUUUGGGCCAGUAACUGAGAUUGAUCAACAGAAGUGGGACAAGCUCGUUAUUGGCAGAGCUUCAUCCAAGAGUGGAACAGAAGAGGAAAGCAAGCAAGAUGGUGUGGAAAGUUUCUCUGGUGUUGAAAGCUCUCCUUCAACCACUGCUGUCAGUCUUGGGUUUGCUGAAUGCAGCAGUGAAGUAUCUGAGCCUGAAAAUGAGUCCAGUGAGGGAGGAGUCAAGUCAGGUACAGAUGACUCUUGCAGGAGAAUUCCAUCACCUGUACCAGCUUCUGAUGUCAUCUCUGAGGAACAAACCCCACGGAGUUUGAGCAAACGGCAAGAAAGUGCCAAGGAAGAAUGUGACAGGAAUUUACCAGAUAUAGAGAGAGAUGAUAUGUUGGUUAGAAGAAUGGGAACUUUUCCAAGGCGAACCACAAGCUCCAUUCCCGUAAAUUGUCCUCCCUUGUCAGUAGCUCCUUAUCUGCUGCCGCAGCAGCAAGAGGAGGCUGUAGCUCGUGAAAAGGAUUUGAAGACUCUGCAGGAAGGAGAAAGUACUGUCACACAAGAAGAGAGCCAAGAACAGCUUGAAAUCCCUCAGCUGCAGAGUGGUGAAACAGAAAACAAAAUGAAAUUUCCAGACCCUCAAAGAGAUGACAUGUUAGCCAGAAGAACUGGAGCUUUUCUUAAACAGCCUGGGCCCAAUGUUAAGCAGUUCCUUCCCAUGCCCUUUUCAAAGCAGCAGAAUAAGCAGGGCACAGCCACAGAACUUGAGAAGAAAGCCACGAGGCCUCAAAAAUGUCCACAAGUCUACACUAAUAGCUCUGGAAAACCUGCAAUAGAACCACUGCAAGAACAGCAGCAAGGGCAGGAGCACAGUCUCCCACCAACAGGACAAGAUGAGAUUAUUAGUACUGCCCAAGUGGCUGAAGAUGGCAACAAUGAAGUCCACCUUGUUCAAACAUCUAAGCUUCAGGAGGUUCCUGAGGAAAACAAAAUGGAAGCACUUUCAUCCAAGGAUGAGCAUCUGCAAACAUUCGGCCCCAGAUCUGCUGUGUCUGAUGACGCAGAGAGCAUGAGUAUGUUUGACAUGAGAUGUGAAGAAGAUGCUGUGUCUCAGCCUCACAGCAAAGCUCGCCAUGAGAAGCUGCAGAAUAUACACAACCAGCUGAAAGAGGACGAGACCAGGUGGCAAGAUGACCUGGCUCGGUGGAAGAGUCGUCGAAGGAGUGCUUCACAGGAUUUGAUUAAAAAGGAAGCUGAGAGAAAGAAGAUGGAGAGGUUAUUGGCUGGAGAUGGAACGAAUGAGCGCAGGAAAAGCAUCAAAACCUACCGAGAAAUCGUGGAGGAGAAAGAGAGAAGGGAGCGGGAGCUUCAUGAGGCAUACAAGAAUGCAAAGACACAGGAGGAGGCUGAGAGCAUUCUCCAGCAGUACACUGAAAGAUUCACUAUCAGUGAAGCUGUCCUUGAGCGUUUGCAGAUGCCAAAAAUUCUAGAAAGAAGCCAUUCAGUGGAACCAAAUUCCCCACUGAAAGACCCAAAUCCUCUGAGAUAUUUAAGGCAACAAUCACUUCCUGCUCCAAAAUUCACUGCCACAAUUGAAGCAACCAUUGUUCCCACCACUGAACUAGAGCCCAGCAGUUCAACAGGACGCACAUCUCCCAGCAAAAGUAUCUCCAAGGCUGUGCCUAUGCUGACACCCAAGCCUUAUUCACAACCCAAAAAUACACAGGAAGUUUUAAAGAACUUUAAGGUAGAUGGAAAAGUCAGCAUGAAUGGAGAAAAUGUCAACGGCACGGAAGAAAAAGAUAAAGAAUGUACAACAGUAAUAUUUACUCCUUCACCAACCAGAUCUGUGAAAUUUGAUGGAGUAGCCCGAGGGGACAAGUCCCCGGUAGAGUUGAAGAAGGACCCCCCAAGUGUUGAGCUCAGUUUACAGAGUCCUGCCACUCAGAGUGUGCACAAAGAGCCAACAGCCUCCCCAGUGGAACUGAAUGCAGCUGACAGCCUGCAAGCCGAGCCCAGUCCCAGCAGUGUGACACCUGCCCCCCCAGAGUGCCCAUCCCCAGAUCAAAAGCAAUUCAAGUCAACUGCAGCUUGUUCCAGCCCUGUUGUGAAGAGAUUAGAAUUUCUUCCCAGUCCUGUCCCUUCAGAGGAAAAUGCUUCAAGCAAGAAAGAUGUGAAGAAAGCUGAAACAGAGCAGCAGAAGGAAGCAGAGCUCCCUUCUACACAAGAGGUGAUUAAAGCAAAAGCCCUGGAAGAAAAGGGGAGUGUAGUGCUGCCAUUUUUAAAGAAACUACCAGAAACCAGCCAAGUUACUCUGCAUAACUCUGGUCCACAAGCUGAUUCUGAUACUGGUGAUAAAUCAAAUCGGUUCAAUUUUUGGUCCUGGGAUCCAGAAGAAGAGCGAAAGCGCCAGGAAAGGUGGCAGCAUGAGCAAGAACGCUUACUUCAGGAGAAGUAUCAGAAGGAGCAGUACAAGCUGAAAGAGGAAUGGGAAAAGGCCCAGAGAGAAGUUGAAGAGGAGGAGCGUAGAUACUAUGAGGAGGAACGAAAGAUAAUUGAGGAUACUGUAGUUCCAUUCAUUGUUUCUUCAAACUCUGCUGAGCUCCUCUCCUCUUCUUCCUCUACCACUGAAGGAAACAAGACAGUGAACUCAACUGAUUCAAACAGCUGUCCAGGGGAAGGCAAGCAAAAAGAAGUUACAAAGCAGAAAAAGCUGCUCUGGGAGCAGGACAGUAUGUUAUCUCUGAAAAGCAAGGAAAGUGAACUCUGGCAAGAAAAGAGGAGUGGAAAUAAAGUGCUCUCAGGAUACCCAGGGGCUGGUGUCCUGAAAGGAGGAAGUGAGCAGGAGCACCACAUGCCGGUGAUGGAGCGCAGCUCACCUGCCAGACUGAACCUGCCACUGGCUCAGGAUGACAAUGUCUCCUGGAAUCAGCAGUUGCUGACGAAGCGAUCUCCACAGUGCACAGAGGACACUCGGCAGAGACCGUUCCUGGGCCAGACUGUGGGACAGCAACCAAGCUCUGCAGGGGAAGCAAGGAGGGCAGGAUAUCAUGAGAAUUUCCGAUCUGGGCCAUCAUCUCCCUGCUCUCCUGCUCUCAGUCAGUCACCCAACAGGUCUGUCAGCGGGAAGAAGCUUUGUUCUACCUGUGGUCUCCCUCUUGGAAAAGGAGCUGCCAUGAUUAUUGAAACACUUGGUCUUUAUUUCCAUAUUCAGUGCUUCAGGUGUGGCGUUUGCAAGGGCCAGCUGGGAGAUGCAGCGAGCGGCACGGAUGUCAGGAUUAGAAAUGGUCUUCUUAACUGCAACGAUUGUUAUAUCCGAUCCCGAACUGCUGGACAGCCAACUACAUUGUGACAUGACUUUCAGUCCUAAUAAAUUUCAAGAAGGAACUCUCUUCUCAUAUGUAUCGGCUGCCUCCAGACAAUCACUUGUAAAAGCUUGAAUCCAUGGACAUGAUGGCUCUCAUCUAGUUUUUAAAAACUCACAAAAAAGUUGCACCUGCUCCUUUGAAAUGCAAUAUGUUGGUUUUUGCUUCCUUAAGAAAUUUACAAAAUAUGUAUGACCGUGUAUGGGAAGGCAAAGCCUAAGUACUAUAAAAAAAAACAACACAAAACCACCUUUCAGGUAUGCUUAUGAUACCCAAUCUGUUAUCUUGUUCUUUUGAAAGUAAUAAGAGAAUAAACAUGCAAUAAAGCUGUUUUGUUUUAAUAUUUCUAGCAAUUAAAAAGUUUAAGUUUACAGAACCUUUAUAGAAUAUGCCAACUUGAGCUGAGAAGUAAUUUUGAGAUAGUAUCUAAUCAGUGCAUUUGAAAAACUAAACAUCACAGCACGACUUCUCUGUUAUAACUGAAGCUAUAACUUUUUUUAUACAGAGACUAGUUUGAUAAUACAUCCUGUACUUCUGAAGCAUUUUGUGUUUAUAUUACCUUCACUGGAGGGUAGAAGUUAAACAAAUAAAUUAUUGCACCUUUAGUCAUAGGAUUUUUCGUUUGUGUACCUUAAGUAAUGUUCAUGACUAUAGCUUAAUAUCUCUGAAAUAAAGAUUUCUUCAUUAAACCUAAAGACUGCAUACCAUUAACAAUGGGAAAAUUCCCAUCUGGAGCAAUCCUUCUGAUGUGGGGCAGAGCAGCCAAGCAGGCAGACCCUGUGGAGCUGUGAGUCUCCGAGCUGCAGUUUGAUGCUGUGGUGAAGCUUUUCUCUUUGGCUUGUAACUUGCCAGUUGAUUUGAGUGGGUUGGACAUCUGCUCGUUCACUUGCAAACAUCACGCUUGGCUGAAAUGGUUUCUCAUGCAGAGAAACACUUGUGAUUUGGGUACCCCCCAGGGUAGAGAAUUAGACAUCCUUGAGCCUGUGCUCCUCCGUCCACUAUCCAAACACAGUCAGCAAAACCCAGAAGUGUGGAAGAUGGGCAGGGAGGAGGCUGGAGCCACAGGCAGAAAAACUGCCUUGCCUGUGUUUGGGACAGUUUUCCUUUGUGCUCUUUGAUUAAGCAUGUGCUCCUUACUAAAGUGAUCCAGCAGCUCAUUGAAACAGAGGUUCAGCAGGUAUCUACAAUACACAAAGUAAGUUAGGGAAUGUAUUGCAACUGUAAAAUAUCCUAACACUUUUUGGUAAACAUUUACUGGAAAUAUCUUCAAAUGGAGGGAAAAAAUAUUUUUCUGCCUUAAAACCACUAUAAAACUAAAUUAAUAGAGAUUUCUUUUAUCUAUGUGCAUAUCUGUCAUCUUUUGAUGUGUUGGUAGAUAGAAAUGAAGUGGUUACUAGGGAAGCAAUAAUUCUGAGUUGUUCUCUAGAUAGCAAUUAUUUAUUGAAAUGCUAGACAGUUGCUUGCAUGUGAGUUCCAUAACCAUGCAAAACUGCAUGUCAUCAGACACAUGCGAUGUCAUUGGAGGACAUUGUGACUAUCUGCUGGAAAGUUACAUGGUACUUCCUUAAUACUGUGCCUUAGAAAAUGCAAAGUUGUUGCACACAGUCAACAAUGACUUAUGGAUGCAAUAAAUCCAAAAAGCUGAAGUUCUUCAUGGACUUCACCUGGGGAAUAUUUUUAAGUAAAAAUUAAAUAAAUCAGACAAAUGUUUUGGAACUAAAAGUGAUAUCCUAUAUUUUGAUCAACCACCUGCAUGAUUUACUGCUUAAAGGUUUUGAUAACCAGGAUGCUUACUCUCUGCUUGUGGUUGUUAUAACAUUUUCCCAUAAAGAAUGUGUAACAUGGAAAUUCAAGAAGCAGAUUUCAUAACUGAUGUGGUACAUCUGUAUAACUGCAUACGCUGCAUUAAGGAUAUGUAAAUAUAUAAUGUCUGAACUUAACUUUUAAACAAGACUGUGCAUGCUUGUGCAUCUAUUCGGUAUGAGUCUCUAGCACUGCUUCACCCACGUGAUAGAGGUAGAUGUGCAAAUCAGUCCCCAAGUGUAUCAAAAGUUGGUUGUCUCAGAGGUCAGGUCCGCUUCUCAUUCAUGUAGGGGUAAGUGCCCAAAGGGCUUAGGAGCAUGGUUGGGAUAAAGUGCAUGAAAGAGGGGGGAGGGAUAUUGCAUCGCACUGCAGACACAUCGCUGGGUCUCUGGAGCUGCUUAGAAAUUGACCCCAGUGUCUAUCAGAUAGUUUUGUAUAUGCAUGUUUUAGCAAAGUUGAUUGUACUCAAAGCAAAAUGAAGCAGCGCUCAACAGUGACCAUUUUUUCCCCUAAUGAACAUCUAUUCACCAGCACAGAAUAAUUUUCAACAGUUUUCUAAAUUGUACUUGCCAACUUCUUAUGUUUGAUUUUAUUCCUUCUGGAAUCUUACAUGGAAAAUUCAUUCAGGCUAAGACUUAUUUUUCUUUUUUUUUUCCAGUUUAAACACAUUACCAUGAUACAUUUCUAAUCAGGAACUUUGAGCACAGCAAAAAAUAAUGCUUUCCUACAUUUGAACUGCAAUGUAAAUUUAUUUGUUCAAAAAAAAUGAUUUAUUAUUACUGAGCAAGUACAAUACAUGUAAUGGGUUUUAGAUAUUUUGGAAUUUAUUUAGCCUCUUACUACUUCAGAGAACCUGAAGAGGUGUCAUAACCCAUCUGUAUUUUACAAGCCCAUUUUCAUGGUGUAUUUUUUCCUUGCUCUUGCUAUGUAGUGUUAUUGAUGCAGUACAUCUGUAGUUUUCAGUGAAUGUCAUAAAGGUUGGUAAACCAGAAGGGGACCAUCCUUAUCUGCAUGUCCAUUCAGGGACAAGGAUUGCUCUCCUAGCUGGGGCUAAUGUUGAAUACCAAUUAUGCUAACCUUCCCUUUAUUUUAUUUAUUCUAAAAUGCCUCUGGAAAUUAGGAAAACUUGUCUAAAACUCAACAGCUUUUAUAGUAAAUGUAUGUUUAUAAAUAAAAUGUUGAUUACC